CGGGGGCCGCGGGCAGGCGCUUCCGCCGUCGGGACAACCCCCGGGACUUCCAGAACCUUCUCCCACCCGGAAGCGCCGCCAUGGCUCCGUCGCGCAGCCGCUCCACGCAGAUCCCGCCGUGCGUCCCCAAGCGCCAGCUCCCGCCGGGCUACUCGGACUCGCUGCUCUUCCUGUGCGCCCGCCGCAUGGUGGCGCAGCACCCGCUGCCCGUGCUGCUGCCCGCCAUGCCCGCCCACCUCUACCCCAUCCUCUUCCAGGCGGCGUUCCUGGACGGGCGGCCCCUGGUGCUGCGGGACCUGGUGGCCGCGUGGCCGUUCCCGGUGCUCAACUUCCAGCGGCUGGUGGGGCGCCGGGAGCUGCUGCGGGACCAUCCCUGCAAGCUCUGCGUCCAGGCCGUCAUCCUGGCCGUGGUGGCGCAGCUGCGGCGGCAGCUGGAGGAGCCCGGCCACGACGCCAGCGGGUGCCGCCUACGCGUGCUGGACGUGACGGGAGUUCCGGACGACCCGGCCGGCCGCGCUCCGGACGGGAUGAGCGUCUGGUCGGGCACGGUGGCUUUGGCCAAGGCUUGCGUGGAGGUGUCCAAGCACCAGCGGGAAUUCCAGCGGCGCGGAUCCAAGCGGCACAAAGGCCGCUCCGGCGCCGCCACGGCCGCGGCCGCUCCGCAGCCGCCGGGCGUCGACGUCCACGCCGACCUGUUCGUCAACGGGACGUCCUACGGGAUCCUGCGCGACGCGCUCCAGACCGGAUCCGCCGGCCCGCUGCGCCUCAAGUGCCGCGAGUUCCAAGCGGAGAAGCUCUCCCUGGCCGGGAUCGUCAGCCUGCUGGAAACUCUGGACCCCUCCUGCGUGCGGAGGGUGGAUCUGCGCUUCCGGAAUUUGGGAUUGACCGGGCUCUCGGUGAUCCUGCCGCACCUCUCGCGCUUCCCGGAGCUGCGCAGCCUCAAGCUGCAGUACAGCAACGUGGACGUGCGGCGCCCCACGCCCGAGUCGGCCAUCGGCAUCCGGUGCCUGGCCGGGCAGCUGGGAAUGCUGCCCAGCCUGCGCGAGCUCAACCUGGGAUCCUCCCGGCUCUCCGGGAACCUGCGCCAGAUCCUCUGCGACCUCCAGGCCCCGUUGGAGAGCUUGGAAUUGGCCUUCUGCUCCCUCGUCCCCGCCGACCUUGCCUUCCUCUCCCAGAGCUUCCACGCGCCGGCCCUCAAGCGCCUGGACCUGAGCGGCCACGACUUCUCCCAGGGCCUCCUGGAGCCGCUGCGGCUGCUGCUGGAGGAGACCUCGGCCUCGCUGCUGCACCUGGACCUCAUGGAAUGCCGCAUGGCCGACCCCCACCUGGACGCGCUGCUGCCGACGCUGCGCCGCUGCUCCCGCCUGCGCUUCCUGGGACUCUACGGCAACUCCCUGUCCACGGCCGCGCUCAAGGAGCUGCUCCACAAGACCCUGGAGCUGCCCGACCUCCGCCUGGUGGUCUACCCCUUCCCCGUGGAUUGCUACAAGCCGGAGCCGCCGCGCCGCGUGCCGGGCUCCCGGCGCAUCUACGAGGAGCCCAUGGACGGCGAGCGCUUGGCGGCGGCCACGGCGGAGAUCUCCCAGCUGCUGGCCAAUUCCGGCCGCACCGACCUCGUCUGGACUUACAACCCCUACGGCCACGGCACGCUGGACUACUUCUCCUUGUGAUUCACAAAAAAAAAAAGCUCGGGGCCUCCUCCGCGCCGGAAAAGCGGCGCCGGGUCCUUUUCCGAAAUUCCGGGCGUUUUUCCGCCU